AUGUCUACCCAUAGGAAAAGAAAGUUGUCACACGAAAAAGAGGCAUCGAGGGCAAACGAUGCACAUGCUCAAUCAACGGCAAUAAAUAAUAACAACCUCGGUAGCGAUGGAGAAGAUGGAGUUCAAGAGAUCGAUUUGACAAACGAUGACGAUUCCAAGAAACAUCGUCGUAGUUCAGUUGGUCAUCACCAUCAUAAGAAACACCACCAAGAUACAAAGUCGAGGAAAAAGAUUCGUGAGUCAAGACGGUUUGUAUUCAUCUUGGGUAUUAUAUUUGGACUCGUGGUAACGGUGUUCUUCUCAACGAAUAAAGCCAACUUCCCCACAGAUCUAGAUCAGUUGGUUAAUUUAAACUUUGAUAACUUGAACUCCUUGUUUGAAGAUUGGAAAGGUUGGAAGGAUGUGUUGCCCUCUGGAAUCCAAUCUUAUUUACAAGAUGCUGAAGGUGGCGAUGAUAGCCUCCAUGGAUCAGCAGAGUCAUUCAGUGUUGGAUUGAGAUUGAGAGCAGCAAAGAACUAUACAGCAAAGUAUAACGUGGUUAUGGUACCAGGUGUCAUUUCCACUGGAUUAGAAUCAUGGGGAACAACAACUCUGGGCGACUGUCCUUCCAUUGGAUAUUUCAGAAAGAGAUUAUGGGGAUCAUUCUUUAUGUUGAGAACAAUGAUUCUUGACAAAACGUGUUGGCUAAAGAACAUUAUGCUUGACACAGAGACGGGAUUAGACCCACCGAAUGUCAAAGUACGUGCGGCACAAGGGUUUGAAGCAGCUGAUUUCUUUGUUGCUGGAUAUUGGAUUUGGAACAAAAUUUUGCAAAAUCUAGCUGUCAUUGGAUACAGCCCUGAUAAUAUGUUGAGCGCAAGUUACGAUUGGCGUUUGACAUACAUCGAUUUGGAAAAACGUGAUGGAUACUUUAGCAAAUUGCAAAAGCAAAUAGAAAUGACAAAAAAAGUCGGUGGUGAAAAAUCCAUAUUAGUUGGCCAUUCAAUGGGAUCACAGGUUAUUUUCUAUUUCUUGAAAUGGGUUGAAGCAAAAGGUGAAUAUUUCGGCAAUGGAGGACCUAACUGGGUCAAUGAGUAUAUCGAAGCUGUUGUCGAUAUUAGUGGCUCGUCGUUGGGUACUCCCAAAGCCAUACCUGCAUUGAUAUCAGGAGAGAUGAAGGAUACUGUUCAAUUGAAUGCAUUGGCUGUGUAUGGUUUGGAACAAUUUUUUAGUAGGAGAGAAAGAGUUGAUAUGUUGCGUACUUUUGGUGGUGUGGCUAGUAUGUUUCCUAAAGGUGGGGAUUUAAUUUGGGGAAAUUUGACAAAUGCUCCUGAUGAUCCAAUUAAUACUCUUGAGACAAACGAUACCACUAGAGAACUUGGUGGACCGAAGAACGGAAGUUUUGGUACAUUUAUCAAAUAUACUGGUAAGGACGGAGAGGAAAGGGACGUGACAAUAAACGAGAGUUUGGAACAAUUACUCGAUGAAGCUCCUUCAUGGUACUCCAAAAGAGUCAGAGACAACUAUAGCCAUGGGGUAGCAAAGACUAAAAAGGAGUUGGAUGCCAACAAUCAAAUUCAGAGCAAAUGGGUGAAUCCAUUGGAAGCUGCAUUACCAAAUGCCCCUGAUUUAAAGUAUUACUGUUUUUAUGGUGUGGGAAAUCCAACCGAACGUGCAUAUAAGUAUGUUCCAGCCGACAAGUCAGUGAAGUUGGAUUACGUCAUUGAUAGUGAAUCAAGUGAUGGAGUUAUGUUAGGCGAUGGUGACGGGACAGUAUCGUUACUAACCCAUACAAUGUGUCACGAAUGGCAAAAGGGAAAUAAGUCGAGAUAUAAUCCAGGAAAUGUUAAUGUCACCAUUGUUGAAAUCAAGCACGAACCAGACAGAUUUGAUUUGAGAGGUGGUGCCAAGACAGCGGAGCAUGUAGAUAUUUUAGGAAGUGCCGAGUUGAAUGAGUUGGUUCUCACUGUUGCUUCAGGUAAUGGGGGUGCUAUCAAAGACAGAUAUGUAAGUAAUUUGAGGCAGAUUGUUGAGAGGUUAGAUAUUUAG